AUGGUACGCGGCAAGCAGCGCCGCUCGCGGUCCGGUUACACGCAGGCUGAGAGAGAUGCGGCGCCUGAGUGGCUUCGACGGCUCAUGAUCCUUGCAGAUCACAACGCCAAUGUCCCCAACGGUUCUCAACGCUUCAAAGAGUUGCAGAAAGAAGUGGUGGAGAUGGCGCCCGAAGAUGUGAAGGACGACAUCAGGAACUUACCCUUCCUAGCCAAAACCAAGGGCAUUCAUGGCGUGGCAGCUGAUGAGAUCAUUCGUCGCGUCAUGCUGCUCGCGGCAGAGGAGGAAGCAAAGCAGGCAAAGCAGGCCGUUGCAAGGCCCAGUGACGCCUUAACGUCGUUGGUGGAAGAGAAAGUGCGUGCAGAGAUGCGCGUCCAAGAGCAAGACAAGCACCUUGCAGAAAAGGACGAGGAGAUCGGGAGGCUUCAUGAUCAAAUCUAUGGCCUUCAGGUGGAGCUCAAGAAAGUGAAGGGCCUUUUGAGUGAAGCUCAAGAUGAGCUUCAGAAGAGGUGGUCCAGGCAGAGGAACGUCGAAGAGCAGAUGUCACGCGAGAAGGCGAAGUCGCUCGAUCAGCGGGAGCGCAUGCGAGCAGCCAAGAAGAAGAUGGACGAGGAACAUCAAGAGCGACAUAUGGAAGAUCUUCGCGCUGCAGCUCGACCCCCGGUGGCCGCAGCUCCAUUGGAGCUGAACAUCAGGUGCAUCCCACCUGAAGGUGGCUUCGUCACACCCAUCUUCGCUCCCUUGGACGAUGUUCCAAGACCGGCCCUUCCGGACCUUAGGAUUCAUCGCAUGAUCGAUGAGAUUCGCAAGUGGAUGCCCUUCACACCCUCCUCCAAGGUGGUCUGCUUGGGCGUCACUUACGACUGCAAUGAGGAGGCGGCCAGGGAGGAAUUCUUGGAGGACUUCCGCUCGCGCGUCCUUCUGACCUAUCGUUCCGGCCUGGAGCCUCCCUUGCAGCUGGCGGCUGGUGGCACAACGGCCUCUGAUUCAGGCUGGGGCUGCAUGCUGCGAGUGACGCAGAUGAUGCUUGCCCAGUGCUUCGUCUCCCUGACCUUAGGACGCGACUGGCGUUUCAGGGAGGAGGAUCUGAAAGAAGGCUCCACCUACUUGCGUGUCGCCAGCUGCUUCCUGGACACGCCCGAGGCCUCCUUUUCCCUGCAUCGCCUCGUGGAAAUGGGGCAGCGCAUCCUGGGCAAGGAGCCUUCGUCGUGGUUUGGCCCCACGUCGGCCGCUCAAGCCGUGGGGCACCUGUUUGAGGCCUCCAAGGUGGCUGGUCCCGACUUUCUGAAAACCGUCGGCUGUGCGGUCUUUGUGGAUGGGCCCAUCUACAAGGCGAGUGUGAUGGAGCAUUUCGACAAUGGGUGCACAUCAGUGAUCCUCUUCGUCUGCCGACGCUUGGGCUUGGAAAGCUGCAAUUUGGACGAGUAUCAGCAAGGUCUGGAUAGCUGCUUUCGACUUCCCGAAUUCCAGGGUUUGGCAAGUGGCAACAGUUCCUCGUCAGCCCAUUUCUUUGUGGCGACGCACGGCGAAGAGAGUUUGCUCUUUCUGGACCCACACGUCACCCACCCCGCGUUGCAGAAGCCUGCGGAUGUGAUCGCUUCGGGAGGCUUGCGGGCUGAACGGCCCUUGCGGCUGCCAUGGACGAGCUUAAAUCCCUCCAUCUGUGUUGCAUUCCUGGUCCGGUCGAAGAGCGAGUUCAGCUCUCUUUGCGAUCGCCUUUGUGAAGGACCACGGGAGCAGGUCUUUGAAGUGCUCGAAAGGCAGCCCACCUACAACGGCAGCUUCGAUGACCUUUUGGAGGCAGAUGAUUUGGUUAGUGCCGUGAUGCGUCGAAGGCAGUUGGUGAUGCCGGACGAGAGCGGCCCGGGUUCGCCGGGUCUUGGUUUUAUGCGUCACGGCCUCGGGUCUCUUCGCUUUCACGCUCGGAUGCGGAGGGCCGAAGCUGAUCCCAAGGUGCUGCCAUCCAUAGCCUUGGAGGUGGAGCCAGAGCGAAGGUGGCGAGAGCAAUGCAUCAUACCCGACAUGACCACAGAGGUGCAGAAUUCCAUCCUGGCCUUUGAGAGCCAAGAGUGGCCCUGCCGUGGUGGAGACAAACACUGGAGCCUCGGUUCGAAAACGGGGCAGUGGCAAUUGUCAAUCUCAUCUCUGGACGAGAUGCCGGUGUCGGCUGAUGGCUUUUGCUUCAAUACUGCAGUUGCCGCCUGCAAAACUUCUUGGAGGGCCAUGUUGGGGCUCAUGCUGCGUCCCGCGGCGCAACCUGACACGGUCAGCUUAAAUGUGGCCAUGAUGUCCUGUGACCGAGCGGACCAGUGGCUCUUGGCGAUGCUUUUGCUUCAGGAAGUUCGCACUGUGCAGCCAGAUGCCAUCACCGUGACUGCCGCCGUGCAGGCUGCCAGCAAGAGCGGCCCAGCUUUGGCUCUCCAAGUCUUGCGUCGGUCAGGAGUGGAAUUAGACCAGGUCGCCGUGGGAGCAGCUGUGAAUGCUUGCUCACAGCACAGCUGGUCUUGGGGCCUUGCCGCUUUGAGUACCGCUGCGGCCUUGGCCCUCCAACAUGGCAUCUCUGCCCUCAAUGCCGCCAUGAGCAUCUCUCCCUGGAGACGUGCCCUGGAACUGCUCUCGCCGAGCACGAAGCCCUGCGGCGUGCGGCGCGACGGGGUGAGCUUCAAUGCGGCGGCGGAAGGGCGUUUGAAAGACACCACAGCUGAAGCGCAUUCGGCCUGGCGCCUCAUCUGGGCUUUGAUGGAUGAGAUGUCAGAACAGGCCUUGCAGACAGAUGUGAUCAGCUUCGAUGCCGCCAUGACCGCAGACCGCCGCUGGGAACACCUCGCGGAGGUCUGGAGAAGCGUGGCGCUGGCAGAUCUGAAGACUGAUGUCAAGCUGCACAGUCACCUCAUCGAGGAAGGAACGGGAGGUGAUUGGCAGCGGAUGGUGGAACAAAUGCAGCGGAUGCACUCCUCCGCUGUCCUCCCAGAUCAAGUCUGGCGUGGAAAUGCCAUCAGCAGUUGUCGUGCCGAUUGGACUGUUGCCCUGUCUGUGGCGGCGCGUGCGACGGGCCUGGCCGGUCCCACUCUGAACGCCCGGUGCCUGGCCCCCUUGCUCGAUGCCUGUGCUUCCAGCGGAGCUUGGGAGGCAGCCGUGGCGCUGCUUCAAGGAGCUCUCCAAGAACAUGCAGAUGUCGACACCUUCUGCUACAACACAUUGAUGACCGUCUUGUCCAAAGCGUCGCAGUGGCGCUGGGCACUGGACGUCUUCAGCCAACGUGCUGCGCGGAACCUGGUGAGCUUCAAUGCCGCGCUGGAGGCGUGCCGCGUGGGUGGCUCGUGGCCCAGUGCCCUGCAGCUCUUGCAGACCAUGCAGCAUUGUCGGCUACGAGGAGACGUGAUCAGCCAUGCUGCAGUGGUGAGCGUGUGUGAGCGAGCGAGGCAGUGGGAGCCGACCUUGCGGUCUUUACAUGCGCUGCCGGCUGGACCUUGGGAUGAGACGAUCGCUCGGCUGGCCACCCUGCGUGCCGCGUCGACCUCGAGACCACUCGCGUCGAGCGCGAUCACAGCGAUCGGCACGUGCCGUGGUGCUGCCUGGCCACAGGCCUUGCAGAUCUUACAGCUGCUCCUCGACCACAAGACCUACGGUGCUGCGGCCUUUGCUUGCAGCAGCGCGGUGUGGGAGACUUCCCUGGCUUUGUUGGCUGGUGUCAUGGUGCGACGGAUGGAAGUGGGUAUUGAGAUGAGAAAUGCAGCCUUCAUGGGUUGUGCUGCCUUGGCCAUGUGGCAGCAUGCCAUCGCUGGCCUUUCAGAGCCCAGUGUGGUGAGCUUCAACCUCCUGCUCAAUGCGUGUGAGGGGGCAGCGCAGUGGAAGCUGGCCAUUGAGAUCAUGUGCAUGAUGUCACUGACCCGGCUCAGACCGAGCGCCGCAAGUCAUCGAGCUCUUUGUGAAAGCUGCCGUGGCCAUUGGCAGCAUGCUUUGACCACACAUCAUGCGCCGGUGUGGGCGCACGAGAAAGGUGGACAGCACCGCGUCGUGGCACAGAUGCUGGAAGACAUUCAGGAGGAUGCGGUCACCCGUUGGACCGGGCGACGCAAACGCGGCCAGUAG